CGCGCGGGGCCGGGGCCGAGUGGGCGGCGGACGGGCCUGCGCGACGGCCGGGAUUCUGUCAGGGAUCUUCGAAACACUGCAGAGAUGUCUGAUGUUCAGGAAGCUACAGACCAACUCCUGGAUGUGAACCUUCAGGAGAACCACAGGCCAAUACCAGUGGCAGAGAGUGACCCUGGAAAUGACUCCGAGUGUCUCCAGGUCACCAUUGGGGCCACUGUACCCACGGGCUUUGAGCAAACGGCAGCGGAUGAAGUGAGAGAGAAACUUCGAUCAUUGUGCAAGAUCAGCAAAGACCGGGGCAAGAUCUAUUUUGACAUUUCAGUGGAAAGCCUUGCUCAGGUUCAUUGUCUGAGAUCAGUGGAUAAUUUAUUUGUGGUUGUUCAGGAAUUUAAAGAUUACCACUUCAAAGAGACAAAGGAAGAGGUUCUAAAGGAUUUUGAAGAAUUGGCUGGGAAACUCCCAUGGUCUGACCCCUUAAAGGUGUGGAAAAUCAACACCAGUUUCAAGAAAAAGAAAACGAAGCGUAAGAAGAUUAAUCCAAAUUCGAGUAAAGAAAAGAUCGAAAAUGGACAGGGAGACAAAACAGACAAGACAGAUGCGAAGAAGUCCGCCAGCAAGCCCUCGGAUCCCCAUCUCUCGGACUACUAUGAAAAUCCUGCCAUCCGGGAGGAUGUUUGCACGCUGGUCGGUGAGGACUUGGCGUCUCGCAGAGAUGAGACGGAGGAAAACUCCAAGGGGGAAUCUGAGCCCGAAGUGCUGAAAUUCAGAGUGACCUGCAACCGGGCUGGGGAGAAACACUGCUUUUCGUCAAAUGAGGCUGCCAGGGAUUUUGGGGGUGCUGUUCAGGAAUAUUUCCAGUGGAAGGCUGACAUGACGAACUUCGACGUGGAGGUUCUUUUGAAUAUCCACGAUAGCGAAGUUAUUGUGGGCAUUGCCUUGACCGAGGAAAGUCUUCACCGAAGAAACAUCACACAUUUUGGACCCACGACUCUCAGAUCCACGCUUGCCUACGGGAUGCUCAGGCUCUGUGCUCCUCAGCCCACAGAUAUCAUCGUCGAUCCCAUGUGUGGAACUGGGGCGAUCCCCAUAGAGGGGGCUACUGAAUGGUCAAACUGCUACCAUAUUGCCGGUGAUAAUAAUCCAUUGGCUGUCAAUAGAGCAGCAAAUAACAUCGCAUCUUUGUUGAGCAAGGGCCAAGUUAAAGAAGGGAGCCCGUCGUGGGGCUUACCUAUAGACGCUGUGCAGUGGGACAUCUGCCACCUGCCUCUGAGAACUGGCUCUGUGGACAUCAUCGUCACUGAUAUGCCCUUCGGGAAAAGAAUGGGCUCGAAGAAGAGGAACUGGAACCUUUACCCAGCCUGCCUGCAAGAGAUGAGCCGCGUGUGUCGGCCCGGGACAGGCCGGGCCGUGCUCCUCACUCAGGACAAGAAAUGCUUCACCAAGGCACUGUCUGGAAUGGGUCACCUGUGGCGGAAGGUGCACACCGUGUGGGUCAACAUCGGGGGUCUCCACGCCGCCGUGUACCUCCUGAAACGGACACCUCAAGCGUAUGCUCCUGCGGCACCCGAUGGCGAAAGAACGCCUUGGUAAUGAAAGUGGAGAUGACUCAUCCCCGUGCGCCUCCGUGUCCGCGUGAAGGGCCCCGGGAGCGCAGGCUGGAUGGCCGGAAGCUGCCCACCUGGGCCGGCAGGUGGCUUCAGCGAUGGGAACAGGAUGUGACGUGACCAGGUCCGAGGAGGGAUGAGUCACUGGGAAAUCAGUACUUUGUUUAGCAUACUUUAAAGAUGACUGUGAAAGCAAAAAUUCUCUGGGAUUUGGGUUUAGAACGUUUUAUUUUUAGGCUUCGUUACAGUUGCAGUUUUACCCUGGCCUGAUGGAAAGGCGGAGCCCGGAAUUGAGUGACCCUCCUAAGCCGGGCGCGCUCGUUGCCCAUGCAGCUCUGCUAGUUAAUGACUAACCAGGCCUUUUCUUUUUCUCAACCUUGGAAAAGAAAGCGUCAUUACAUGCUGUGGAGAGUGUUUGCCUCAUGAGACCUAUAGGAAACGUUCCCAUCUGUCUCAAGUAUUAAAAUAUGCAUAUAAGGGGCCUGACCAAUAGUAUAGUGUGCCUUUCACCCACCAGGAAUGAUCCUUGAGCACCACCAGGUAAGGCCCCAAAAUAAAAAUGAAAUGCAUGUAUUUCGAACUAAUACAGAAGAUUGCCAAGGUACUUUGCUAUUAGUAAUUAGGACAUUUCCAUUUGUAAAUAGUAGUCAAACGUUGAAAAUAAAUAGGGACCAACAAGUUUGAAAAGAAUUUUUAUUUUUCUGUUCAGUUCAAGAUUGUUUUGCUUUCAAAGUCAAACCUGUCAACAGAUGUUUAUUGGUUCCUCAAAAGGACUAGAAGACAAACUAAUAUAUUUUUGAAUUAAAAAAACUUCCUGAA